AUGGACGCUUCGAAAACAACGCCAAAAGAAGAGGAAUUGGACGACGAGUCAAAAGUUUCAGCUACAGCAUCAGAAGAGGCGAAACCGGUUCCGGAUUUUCCCUCCGCCACCAACGUCGACUCUGAGCCAACUAGUAACUCUGAGGAACUUCAAUUAGACGAGGACCCGAUCUCCAAAGACACGAACUCAUCUCCUGGCGACGAGACAUUCCCGGAGAUCCUAAUUGACGACGUACUGAACGAAUCCUCAUCACAAUCGCAAUCGUCAAGAUACGUUUUACCUGACCUACCCGACUUUCCCAAAUCGUCGUCAGGAUAUUCACCUAGUCCCGAACAGUAUGCGCUGGACGAACUCUUGGGAGAAUCGCAGAAGCCAGGGAUCGAGGCUUAUGAACUGCCUGAACCAGAAGCCCUAGAUGUUGGAGAUGAUCUCAUGCCUCUGCCAAAGAGACGCCUCCACGAUCGUCUUAUGCACGAUGAAUCCCUCGGAGUUUCUACUCUGGGAAUGCCAGCGGAUGCCAUCAUUAUCAACAAUCCGAAUAUGACACGCAUCGAGCGGCCAGCCCCCACCGUGGUGGAAGCGAAACCUUUAGACACUACAGAUCUUGACUGGCAAAACUUGACUCCUUCCGGAAUGACGGAGCCUGAAUCUGAAGAGAUAUUCAAGAAUAUCGACGAAAUUUGCCCCGUGGGUCGAAUUUUGCGUCAAACUGAUAUCGACAAGCUCGUCAGCACUCUUUGCGACGGUUUCACACUCACCCAGCUGCGGGAGUAUCACAGUGCUCGCAAGCCAGAACCCAGGGAUCAUGACAUGGUAAAAUACGACUGGAUAGAAGAGAUUGUACCAUGGACAUCAAUGAACUCAGUUCGACUGCGUGGCAAUGAUAAGGCCACUCUUGCUCAAAAGAUCGUGUUGGAUAAAUGGAAGAUCGAGGUUCAGGAACAUGCGGACGAUCUUGGAAAAGCGUUUGUUUGGAUGGAUCCUGACAUCUUCCCCUUUCUCACAUAUGGCCCCAAUAACAUAGGUCGUCUACUUUGGGAGCUCAGGAGGGAUUUCGUAGUCGGCGAAGGCGAGAAGUUAACUCUGCAUACUCCGAAGUGCCGUCUAAAUAUUACAGCGAAGAAGUCAACUGCUUACGGUAUCCUCGCUCAUAUCGACCAGGCCGUGCAGAGGAUGGAGAGCCGGGUUAUCGACGUUGCCUCCUUUCUUCCGAAGCCUCGAUCAGUAGCUCUGACGCAGGCAGAGCGCAAGGAGCUCGGCCGGCUGACCAAGACUUCAAUCACGCCUGUCAGGCAUGGCUCCGAAGAGAAGUUGCGUGUCUCCUGGAUGCCCCAGCCUGACGAGCCUCCAACCGAGACAGAAGACCUUGCAGACACAGUACUCCGCUUGAUCGUUGGCCGUGCCGUCCCGGGCGCCGCUCACAGUGUCCUCCAGUGUCUUCCGCGAUCUGACGACCAAGACUUGGUCACUGGCCAGCCCGUGCCCGUACAACGCCAGGCUCGGGCUAUGUCGUGGAGAGACAAGCUCCAGAAGUGGCUGAGAAUUGUCGCACCCAUCAGCAAGGAUACUCAAAACACUCCACAGCUAGGGCUACCCUCCGAAUCAGUGAUUCCCGAAGAGAAGUGUCCUCGCACUAGAAAUGUAGACGCUACUACAGCAAAAUUUGGCCAUAUCCUACACCAACACGCCAGCACUUCGAUCAAGGAACUUCAACGCAAACGCCGCAUCCUGGCUCCCCUUACACCUCAUCCCGCUGCUUUCUCCGCCCUCAAACCUGACAACGACUUGCCCCUAAAGGAGACUACUUCCAUUGUUAUGCACCUUUCGCCUCAUGUCGAUACCUCAAAGAGUCCAGUGACGGAUUCUAAUGGGAAACUACGUGCAGAUCCUGCUGCCUACAUUACCAUCCCCGUCCACCCUCAGGCCGAUCUCGACAACUUCACAAUCCCAGACGACGCAACUGUCCACAUUUAUGUGCCGUGGCACAACAGUGACGUGCUGCUUCCUACAGAGGCUGUAGAUGUCCGCCUUGAGCACAAGCGCUCCUAUGCUCUAAAAAUAACUCACCCAGGCAUAAAGAAAUUUUUUGAGAAAUCGCAACUUAACCUUCGGGAGGGUCAACUUAGAACACCGAGUCAAGCCGUGCUCUGGGUUCCAGGAAAUUGGUUGCGAGGAAGCGGCAGCGGCAGGAUGAACACUGCGAAAAGAGACGUUCUUUACGACUUCCGUGGAACUGAGAUCCAUCAGACCGUGGAAAUGCCUUGGAAUGGCCACACACUGCGCUACUCUAGCAUUGAGGCUGGGCAGCAUGGCGGCCAACGCCAGGAGAUUACACUCCAGGCUGGUUUACCAGGCGAGAAUCCGGUUGCUUUUAAGGACAAGAGACGUGAGAGCUUUUUACAACUGGUCGAGGACAUGGCCACUGGAAAAUACUUCUCCUGGUCUGAAGGCUACAAGUCCAUCAAGAGCCGCCAGCUAGAAGAUUUCAGUUACAAUCUGCUCGAAGAGGAUCUCCCUGAGGACAUCAUUGUCGACAACGAAAAGUUUGAUUCGCACGGCCGCGUGAAUAGAUACAGACCAACUACGAGCGGAGGCAGUGACAAGCCCGACCGGCGUGGUCUCUUUAAUCAACAUAGGCCAGCCUUCGAGAUGAGCAAUGAUAAGCAUGAUUCGCGACACCGUAUCGGUGAGCGUGAGUCAGCCACGAAUGCGAACGGUGGCGAAGUUGAAAUCCGUGGCCGUGUGGAUGCACGCACACCUAGCCCAGAGCCAAAGGAAGAAACUCCAGUUGACACGUUUGACGACAUAGACGCAUUGCUUGCGGCGGAGGACCCGACUUCUGAACUCAACCCCGACACAGCAUCCAAGUCUGACAAGCAACAUGUUAACUGGACCGAUAUUGACGAGAAACUAAUCGCCCCAAGUAAAGCGACAGAUCAGCUCAUGGGUUUCCUCGAGAAGUACGCCACCCCUAAGGCCUUUUUGACUGAAGACAAUAAGGAGGUCUACGGCAUCGACGCUGCCUACAAAUACAUGACGAGCGUUCCUUGGGAUAAUUCUCCAAUUGACAUAUCGUCAGACUUGCCAGAAGACGCGGUCACACCACCUAAAUCUCAGAAGAAAGGGGUUGCAACUAAAAAGGAGAAGACUCACAAAAAGGUCCAGAGUAAGAAACUCGCAACCCAGGAGCCAGCAUUCAAGGCCAAAGUAACACCAAAGAAAUCAGUAACUACUGGGAAAGCCAAGGACAAGCCAAGCAAAAACACCCUCCCUAAGCUACAGAAAUCCGCCACAAUGUCAGAUGUAGAUGCAUUCGCGGCUCAGUUCGCCAGACGAGCGACUUCAGAAAACAGAGGGCAGGACCAAAAUAGUGUCAUUGGGUUCUUCGACACCCUUCCAAAGGAGAAGAAGCCUGCUAAAAAGAAGUCAGCUCAGAAGAAGAAAGAGUCCACUUCAAAGAAAAAGCAGCCGGCAUCGAACGACUCGAAAAGCAAAAAGCUUUAA